UCUUCCAUCAUUCCGCAAUCAACUCCCUCACUUGAAAAUUUCAUCGUUUAAAACUCAAAGCUAAUCACUUCUAUAUCAGAAAAGAAGAGACAUGGCUGAGAAGACCCAACAGGCUUAUCCUUCAGCCCCAGAAAACCAUGGCUACCAAAGAAGUGAUGCAGAGUCUUUGCUAUCCGCUGAUGAGCUGAAACGGAAGAAGAGAAUCAAAUUGGCCAUUUAUGUUGCUAUUUUUGUUGUGUUUCAGAUCAUUGUCAUAACUGUGAUUAGUCUCACAGUCAUGAAAGUUAAGACCCCCAAGGUCAGGCUAGGCAACAUCAAUGUCCAAGAGCUCACCUCUGUCCCAGCAACGCCUUCAUUUGACACAAAAUUCACAACACAAAUCAGGGUCAAGAACACAAACUGGGGUCCUUACAAGUUUGAUGCUAGCACUGUCACGUUUCUGUACCAAAGCACAGCUAUCGGACAAGUUGUUAUUCCAAAGAGCAAGGCGGGAAUGCUUUCCACCAAAAAAAUGAACGUUGAGGUGAGCUUGAGUUCAAGUGCAUUAAGCAGUUCCAAUUUUGGGAGUGAAUUGAGCAGCGGAGUAUUGACUAUCAACAGCACGGCUAGAUUGACGGGAAAGGUUGAAUUGAUGCUUAUAAUGAAGAAGAAGAAGGCUUCCACCAUGGACUGCACCAUUGCAUUCGAUCUGUCAUCCAAGACGCUCAAAAGUUUGCAGUGCAAAUGAUAAGAGACUUCCAAGAUGAAGAUUAUUACUAUUAUUUGUUUAUUCAUGUUUCUCAGUGUACGCCUUGGAUUUAUUGUAGAUGGUACUUUCUUUUUUCUUUUAUAUGAUUGAACAUAGAAACAUAUGCUUACAAAUCA